GUCUACGAUGUGAGCAGCUACUUGGAUGAGCAUCCCGGAGGAAAAGACCUUUUGCUGGAUGUAAUUGGCACCGAUGCGACAGAGCACUUUGUUCAGGCGGGGCAUUCCGACGAGGCACAAGAUACACUCUCUAGUCUCGCUGUUGGCAGAGUCAAAGAUUACCAACACAAAAAUGCUCAAGAGACAAAGAGUGCU